AUGACUUUAUGCUGUAAAAAAUUGAUUAUCAUUAUCACCGAUCUUUCUAAAUCCAGGAAAAUUCUCGCCGCUGGUACGGUCAGACGAGAAGAUGGAAGCUAUUUGCCAGCAGGGGAGAUCGGAGAAUUAAAGUACAACUGCAAACUUGAGGAGGAUGCCUAUGUGAUGAGUUGCGACGAAGAACCACAUUCUCCAAUAAUAAUGAAAAAUUUCGAUGCGGUAGAUAUGACACAGGUUACUAGACGUACUCGUCGUGACGUCGUAGCUUUCGAAAUGGCAUUCACUCAUUGGUACGAUUCACGCCUCAACGGUACAAUUCCGCCUGAUCUUAUUGUUCUGAAAGACUUGUAUUUCAAAGUUCACCCCUUUGUGAAGAUAGCAUUUGGUGGUAACAGAGGUGUCGGCUGCGCUGUUAAAGAGUGUCCAGAGAACAAGAUGCCUUGGAAUAAUUAUUUGCCAAUCUAUCUGAAUAAAACUAAGUGCGAAACAUGCAAAGCAGAACGUGGAGAAAAUGCUUGUAAAGAAUAUUGGCCUUGCUUUCAUGAGGAUGAUUAG